CUUUCUAUAUCAAAAAGCUUUUUCUUUUUUCGAAUGGCAAAAAGAAUCAAAAUUUCUACUACAGUUGUUUCGCAAAUCUUCUAGUCUAUAAAAAUCCUUCAAGCCUGCAAUAGUGUUAUACUUUUCUUUACGGCAGCAGGAAAUCCAAUUUCGACCCCGCCAUCACCCCACCUUUUGAAACUUUCUGUCCCCCUGUUACGAGACACUUCAUAUCAACGAGCUUCUAUCGCUCGAAUUUGUUCUCUGGAUAAAGAGGAAGAAAGCAACAGCUCGAGAAACAAUCGUUUGGUGGUCAUGUCGAUCAUCGGCAUUCCUGGAAUAGGACUUGCCGUCAUCUUCGUCCUCGCACUAUACAAAUUCGUUGUCUUCCCGGUCUUGCUGUCGCCGCUCUCCAAGAUCCCGUGUGCACAUUGGUCAGCUCCAAUUUCACCUUUUUGGAUCUUAUGGACACGGUUCAAUUGUCGAGAGAACCGAAAUGUUCAUGCUGCUCACCAGAAGUAUGGCCCUGUCAUCCGACUCGCACCGAAUGAGCUGAGUGUUAAUGAUCUCAAUGGGUUGAGAACGGUAUAUGCUGGAGGAUUUGAGAAGGGAGAAUGGUAUUCAAUCUUUGAUAACUAUGGGGUUCCAUGCAUGUUCAGUUCUUGGCAUUCAAAACCACAGCAAGUAGAUGUCCUCUUCUUCAACUCUCCAUGAUCUCGGAUCUUGAAUCCGAGCAUGUAACAGGGUCGAUGUCGUAAUGACUGAGAUCUUGAGCCUAUCAUGACGAUUCUAUAGCGCUGAUUAUCUUGUAGCUCAGCUAGAAAGCGCAUGAUGAGCAAUAUCUACUCCAAGUCGACAAUCCAUACAUCGCCCGCUGCAGCUGCACAAGCUAGGGUCAUUAUAUUUGACCGUCUUCUUCCCCUUCUUACCAUGGCAUCGUCAUCUCCCCGUUCCCCAAAAGGCAUCGAGAUCCACGAUAUCUGGAAUGCCACAACGAUGGAUUUCAUAGCCGCCUACCAAUUCGGGCUCAAGAAUGGGAGUGACUUUCUGAUCAACGAGACCUUCAGAAAGCACUGGCUCUCGCUGUACCAUACUCGCAAGACAUAUGUCUUCUGGUCACAAGAGCUUCCUCGUUUCAGCAGCUUUCUCCGGAAGUUGAAUAUCUACGUUAUCCCACGCUGGGUAGAUAAUAACAACAGAGAACUAGAGGCAUGGACCCGAGAGCGCUGUGACAAGACAUCGGCUUACCUCAGAGACGGCUCGGCAGCUAAAGACACCGAUCCGGCCAAUGAGCCCGUUGUCUUCAAAGCUGUCCUCGCCGGUAUGGAGAAAGAGCGCAAGACCAAAGGCGACGAAUCCAUACUCAGCCCAGACUUCCUCAAAUAUCCCGAGAAAAGUAUGGCAAGCGAGAUGAUUGAUCACAUCGCAGCUGGUCAUGAGACCUCUGGAAUUAUGCUCACUUACAUUUCUUGGUAUAUGUCUCAGGACGUCGGGUUGCAGGAUAAGCUUCGUGCCGAACUUCUUACUCUUUCCCCGAAUAUGAGCCUUUCAUCUUCGACACCAGCUAUUCCCAGUUCGAAGGCGCUCGAUAACCUACCACUUCUCCAUGCCAUCAUAAUGGAGACACUUCGAACCAAUGCCGCUAUUCCAGGAAACCAGCCACGCAUGACUCCAUAUUCCGGUUGCACUCUAGGAGAGUACGCUGUGCCCGGUGGCGUACGAAUUGGUGCUCAAGCAUACAGUGUGCAUAGACACGAGGAGGUGUAUCCCGAGCCAGAUAAAUGGGAUCAUAAGAGAUGGAUGGACGAUGAAAAUGGAUACACCGAGGAUCAGAGGAAGGAGAGGGACCGGUGGUUCUGGGCAUUCAGCAGCGGUGGGCGAAUGUGUGUGGGAAGUAACUUUGCCAUGCAUGAAAUAAAGUUGGUGAUUGCGGCAGUAUAUUCCAAUUUUAGGACUAGUAUUGUGAAUGAUGAGGGCAUUGAGCAGGAGGAUGGAUAUACUUGCAGCCCGAUGAGCAACAAGCUAUUCUUGAAGUUUGAGAGUGUUACAGAGAGUUGAAAGUGUACAUAGCAUUGAUUAGGGCAAUAAAUUUGGGGAAAAUUCCUCUGUAUAGUUCUAGG